AAAUAACAAAGCUACUUGUGAAAAUAAGAAAGAAAAACGAGAACAAAUGAGAUCGAGAAAAUAAAAAAAAAAUAAAAAGUGAGAAUUUGAGUGUCAUCUUUUCAACUUCCAUUCUCUUCCUCAGAUUGAAUCUAGUCACAACCACUCUGUGUCUUUCUCUUAAAUGCUCUCAUCAUUUAUUACCCCCCAAAAAAACCCAACAAGUUUAAUUUACUCUUCUCAUUUUUCUGCUUUCUGGGUUUCUCAUAAUUUUUCCAUUCAAAUUACAAAAAAAAAACUUUUUUAAAAAAAAUAUCAAAGAUUUAAUAAAGAAAUAAAUAAAACUCUUAAAUAAGUGAGAGAAAAACGUUGGUUUGUUUGGUGUUCCUUGUUCGUUCUCCCAUGGCGGCGUACACGGUGGGGACACCACUGUGCACGUGGCUGGUGGCGGCGUGCAUGUCUGUGGGUUGUAAUGGUGGAAAGGAGAAAACUUGUUCAUUUUCUCUCUCCUCAAAAAACAGUAGGAGAAGUGGUUGUAGUAGUCGCAAAAAAAGAGGGUUAGAGUUUAAAUGCAAUGCCCAGAUUUUGUUGAAUCAAAUGCCGUGCGAUGAGUAUUAUAGUAGCAGUUUUGAUCAUAAUGAUAAAAAUGGUGUUUUUUCUUCUGUUUUUGGAUCCAAAUUUGGGCAUAUCAAUCGGAGGCAAAGGCGGAGUAAUCGAGCUAUACAUUCAGGAAGAGCCAUGGCUGUGGCAGUUGAGCCUUCAAUGGAAGUUACAACUAAUAAGAAGCCUGUUACAAAACAGAGGCGAGUAGUUGUGACAGGGAUGGGUGUGGUUACACCAUUAGGACAUGAUCCAGAUGUCUUCUACAAUAAUUUGCUUGAGGGUGUCAGCGGCAUAAGUGAAAUAGAGACUUUUGAUUGUGCUAGUUUUCCUACAAGAAUUGCUGGAGAAAUCAAGUCCUUCUCUACCGAGGGAUGGGUUGCACCCAAACUUUCUAAGAGAAUGGACAAGUUCAUGCUUUACAUGCUCACUGCUGGAAAGAAAGCCUUAGCAGAUGCCGGCCUUACGGAGGAUAUGAUGAAGGAUAUAAACAAAACGAAAUGUGGUGUUCUGAUUGGUUCUGCGAUGGGUGGCAUGAAGGUUUUUAAUGAUGCAAUAGAAGCUCUUCGUAUCUCAUACAAGAAGAUGAAUCCUUUUUGUGUGCCCUUUGCAACAACAAAUAUGGGAUCUGCCAUGCUGGCGAUGGACUUGGGAUGGAUGGGCCCGAAUUAUUCUAUCUCUACUGCUUGUGCAACUAGCAACUUUUGUAUACUUAAUGCAGCAAACCAUAUAAUUAGAGGUGAAGCUGAUUUGAUGCUUUGUGGUGGGUCAGAUGCAGCGAUAAUACCUAUAGGCUUGGGAGGUUUUGUAGCCUGCAAAGCACUUUCACAGAGGAACGGUGAUCCUACCAAAGCUUCACGCCCUUGGGACAUUAACCGUGAUGGGUUUGUUAUGGGAGAAGGAGCUGGUGUUCUGCUUCUGGAGGAACUGGAGCAUGCUCUGGCAAGAGGUGCAGAAAUCUAUGCAGAAUUUUUGGGUGGUAGUUUCACUUGCGAUGCCUAUCAUGUGACUGAGCCUCACCCAGAAGGUGUUGGAGUUGAACUCUGCAUUGAGAAAGCCUUAGUUAAGGCAGGUCUUGCCAAGGAAGAUAUCAACUAUAUAAAUGCACAUGCUACAUCAACGCCAACUGGAGAUCUUAAGGAAUACCAAGCUUUGGUUCGCUGUUUUGGUGAUAAUCCUGAGGUGAGAAUCAAUUCUUCAAAGUCCAUGACUGGCCACCUUCUUGGAGCAGCUGGUGCUAUUGAAGCUGUUGCCACUAUACAGGCAAUACGGACAGGAUGGCUACAUCCAAAUGUUAACCUUGAAAAUCCUGAUGAAGGCGUGGACACUAAGUUGCUCGUCGGCUCAAAGAAAGAAAGAAUGGAAAUCAAUGCAGCUUUGUCCAAUUCAUUUGGGUUCGGUGGGCAGAAUUCAUCGAUCAUAUUUGCUCCGUACAAGUAGUUCAUAUGUGCUACAGUUGCCUGACUUGACCAUGGCGCUAAAAGUAUCAGGGUGCGCAUUGAUGGUUUGCUACACCUUGUGAUAAAAAGGGCAGAUUGAUUGCUGUACGUAUCUAACAAUGCAUUCUUAGAAAGCAUAAAGAUGGCAGGAUAUUGUUUUUUUUUAUAUGAAAGCAUGCUUGAUUAGAGGAAACGUUAAAUGCGGCCCUUUUGGCUGGCAAUCACAAGACGACUUGCUUCUGGAGCAGAUAUAUAUUCACUCAUGAAAUUUGGCAGUUCAUAUCACUUAACCGGAUAUGAAUAUUCGCUACAUAAAACUGGUGUUGUUUCAUUGAUGUACAAGUGUAAUUGGAUUGGUUUUGAUAGUAUUCAUAGCGAAUUUUAGAAUUAGACGUUUUUACGGGUUCCAAUUAGUUAUUGUUGAAUGUUAAAAUACUUUUCCGACAUUGUCGUUGAUGCUCGAUGCACAAGGGCGCAUUCACAAUCUUCCUUUGAUGAUGUGAAGAUAGGGAUUUGCCCCUUUACUUGAGGCAUAUUUUCUUUACUAGACUAUGAAUUUUUGAUUGAGUAGUGUUAUCC